AUGGAUACCCGAUUUGUCGUCACAACUUACUCAUGUGGUCACGCCACCGUUUCCGAAGAAGAUAUGCCCCCAGCCUCAAUAUGGCAAGGACUGAAAAGAAACGUCACUACACAAGCGUUACAUGAUUUCAGAUACGAAGACAGCUAUCACGAUUGCGAAGCGUGUGCAACCAAAAGAAAAGCCGAACUAGCUGAACAAGAACCUUCCCCAUUUUCUUUCCUACUAACACAGCCUGUAUAUUUCACUGUUCCAGAACAGUCAUCACAUUUGAAAUUUAUCUUCAACGCCCAAAGUCCUGAGCCGGCAUCAGAACUUAACAACGAGUACUCGCCAUUCCUCAUCGAAAUCCCAGAGUAUCAAGAGAUGGUUUUCCCACAACUUCCGAGAGGGCGAAGUCUGAUGCGCCGAAUUCCUUUUCAAAAACGAAUAGCUUUGUCACGAAGAACUCCAAGUUCAGGUGUAGAAGAUAGCUCAUCUUCAUCUGCGGAGGAUACUUUACCAGAAACUAUCCCGGAGGAAUCAGAUCCUCCUAGCGAAGACACUUCCGACACACCUUCCGAGGAGUCUCAAGAUGGUGAAGAAUUCUCACGCAUUAUGUUCUCCCCUCCUAUAGGCGAGGACGACCAGCCAGGUUCCAGCAAUGUAAGUACUUCCUCUGAAGAAUCCCCCAGUACGAAUCUUAUAGACCCGUUCUCCCCCCGCGGUCUUGAAAUUCUCGCUCGCUCACGUAUUUUCUUUAGUGCCCCACCUGAUAUGCCAGGCCCUAAGAUAUUAACAAUAGGCGGAGAACCCCUGGUCACAGGCCUAGAAUCCCACCAUCAGCGCUUGCCUCCGCAUUGGGGAGUCGUAGAUAUGGCGGGCAACAAAUAUCCGAUCAAGACCAGUAAAGCUGAUUUCAAGCUGAGAAUUUCCGUUAUUGCAAAUCUUAGGUUGCUUGAUUGGGAAGAAUUCAAUCGUCGAGGGAUUUACGAUAGUGACGAUUCUGACGAUGACUCUGGUCCUUCUUCUUCGGCACACUCGUCACUCGCGGUUGAUGGGGAAGAAUCAAGUGAUGACUCGUCUGAUGAUGAGGUUCUUAGGCCUAUCAAGACAAAGGUCCUCAGGGCUUUCAGCCGGUCGAUUCUUAUCAGCGAAGAAACUCUGCCUACACUGAACGACGAAGCUCAGCGAUACUUUCCGCAUGAAAAGGGUUGCAGCAAUUUGCGCAGAGAGUGGAUGUUGCUCGAGCGUUAA